CAGUUCCGCUGAGCACACGAGUAGACAAGGGUAGACAUCUACAGUGUUAGAGAGUGUCUGUUACACAACUGGUCCAAGACAAUGGCUGUAUGUUGCGCUCACAUCCGCAACGAAUUCAGAUCGAAGAAGCUCUGGUUAAGUGAUGUACACCCCGCCAGAUUCUCAAUGUUUCAGUGGCGCCUGCCUCCGAUUGUCUACCUCCUCUAUCGACUGCUCAUUGCUGUGUAUGCAGACACCUGGCUGAUAUACACUGCGGUGGAGUACGGGUCAGUAGUAACUGGGAGUGGUGUUUAUUCCUGGCCGGUAUAUCUAACUAACUGGACAUACACUAUGCUGUGUCUCUACCUCACUCUACAUGCUCUGACCUCUCUCAUCUUCCUGUGCACCAGACCCACCGUACUUUGGAGGAGACUAUCAGUUAGGGAACACAGGGCUUUAUUUAAGGAGCUGGAUGUAUAUCCAAGUCUGUGGGGUGAUGCCUAUGAGCAGAUACCCAGUCAUGAUGACGAGGACAGGGAGUUAUCAUAUGGAGAAACGUCCACAAGAACCAACCUCAUGCCUGCCUACUUUAAGCUGGUAUGGAUCCUAUUCAAUAUUGCGUCUUCAUGCUCAAUAAUGGUCACUCUUGUAUUUUUUAUUUUUCUAUGGCCACAAAUGGACACAAACAACGAGCCUAUAGACUUAGACAAUCUGCAGCUACAUGGAAUUAACUCUGUGAUAGUGUUUGUGGAGUGUCUGCUGACAGCCGCGCCUGUACACUUACUACACUAUGUGUAUCCCCUUAUAUAUGGUAUAGUAUACAUAAUCUUUACAGCCAUCUUCUAUGGUGCUGGGAACAAGGAUCCAAUCUACCCUAAUGUUUUGGACUGGAACUCAGACAAAGUAGGACAGACAAUGAUAAUGGUGGUAGUAGUGGGUUUUGUGAUACUACCGCUACUACAGCUAUUUUUUUUCAUCAUCUAUAAAGUGAAGAUGUGGUUGUUUAGCUGGGUGUCAUCUGUAGAGACAUCUUAGAGUUAGUAUAGAGCUUGUGAUAAUGUACGAGUCCUCAGAAGUGUCAGUAUAUAGUACAAUUUUGUUAUCAGGGAUCAAUAUGUUUUGGGUGACCGAUAGCUAUUUCUGUCCUAGGCCUAUACAUAUAUACAUGUACAUGAAACCAUUUUCUCUCCAAACACUUGAUUCAACAAGAUACUAAUUUUCAGAGAUAUAUAUAAACUACAAUGAGGUUUCAUAUUUCCCCAUGAUUGUACCUUAACAAACUGAAUACAAAUUUCAGCAUGCUAUAGAGAAGCCAUCAGGAGAAUAGUAGUAAAAGAUAACAUGGUUAUUUAUGUACAUUAGUGAAAAGAAAUGGAUGAAAAAGACACACAUUUAUGUGGUACAUAUCUAUUUUAUAUGUGUGUUUGAUCCUGCAAAUUUUCAGAAAAAAAGUUAUUUCAGAUUACUGGAAUUGUUAAAAGCUAAAUGGUCAACUGAAUGUUUUUGAUAUGUAUGCCAUUGUGUUUGUAUUGUUAUUGUGUUGUGAAGUGUCUGGAGUAUGGAUGUGAUAGUGCUUUCUAUAAUUUAAUCAAUUUGUAUACUUAUUAUACACAGAUACGCUAGCUGUAUCUUUUUGCAGAAUAAACAUAUUUUAUACUA